AUGAGACCUGCAGACGUAAGCAAGUCGAACAAGGACCAAGUAUGGAUCACGCUAUACGGUCACGGGUUAGGGGAAUUUCCAUUACCUAAGUUUAGGGUUGAUGAUACGGUCCGAAUAACGAAGUAUAAAAAUAUCUUUACCAAGGGAUACGAAGCAAACUUUACGGAAGAGAUAUUCAAAGUUGUAAGAGUAUUCAGGGGAGAUCCUAACACGUACGAAAUAGAAAGUCAUGACGGAGAACCGAUCAUCGGAAAGUUCUACGAAGUGGAACUAUCCGCUGUGGACAAAAAGGACGAUGUGUAUAGGGUGGAGAAAAUUCUGAGAAGAAGGAAGG